AAGGAGCCGGAAGUCCUCACUCCGUCCAAAAUGGCUUACCAGACUCUACAGCAGGAAUAUUUUCAAAUUCCUGUCGUAACCAGGGCAUAUACAACGGCAUGUGUCCUGACAACGGCUGCAGUGCAACUUGAACUCAUCACACCUUUUCAACUAUAUUUCAAUCCAGAUUUGAUUUUAAGGAAUUACCAGGUAUGGAGAUUAAUAACCAACUUCCUCUUUUUCGGUCCAGUCGGCUUCAACUUCCUGUUCAAUAUGAUUUUUUUGUACAGAUACUGUCGUAUGCUGGAGGAGGGCUCGUUCAGAGGACGCACCGCUGACUUUGUCUUCAUGUUCCUCUUCGGUGGACUCCUGAUGACUAUAUUUGGCAUUUUUGUCAGUCUGGUGUUCCUGGGCCAGGCUUUCACCAUCAUGCUGGUUUAUGUCUGGAGUCGACGUAACCCAAACGUGCGCAUGAACUUCUUUGGUCUGCUCAACUUCCAAGCACCCUUCCUACCCUGGGUGCUGAUGGGAUUCUCUCUGUUGCUGGGCAACUCCAUCAUUGUGGAUCUAUUAGGGAUUGCGGUUGGCCAUGUGUACUUCUUCCUGGAGGAUGUGUUCCCUAACCAGCCCGGGGGAGGCCGGUGGCUCAGGACCCCCUCACUCAUAAAGAUGCUUUUUGACACACCGGAGGAGGACGCAAACUACAACCCCCUCCCUGAGGAACGCCCAGGAGGGUUUGCCUGGGGGGAGGGACAGCAUCUGGGGGAUCAGUAAUGCCAGCCAGACAGGUCACUCAUAUGGACAUUCCUUCAGUGAACGAUGAAGGGGACAAACAUGUUCUGUCUUAGACAUGUUUCUUUUUGUUCCGGACAAUUAAUGCCAAACUUAAGAAGUGGGAGGUAAGAUGUUGUCGUUUUUGUAUAUGACUUACCAUACCUGGAAAAACUCGUGUUGAUGCGAGAUUGUUGCAAAAAAAAAAAAAAAAGACUAUUUAAAGAGAAACUCCCAAGGACUGUUUAUCAUGGAUCUUUAUGCAUUGUUGAUGCUUGUCUCAUGAAAACUUUUUUUUUUAACGAUUGACAAGACAACCGUAGAUUAUAUUUGAAUUAUUUCAAUCAUAACAAGUGUUUUUUUCCCUUUUUAUUAUCCAAAAAAAUAAAUGCGUGAGUGGCAAAUUCA